AAUUAUUUUUGCAGUCCAAGGUUGAAACCAAGUGAAAAAAACUCAGUGACGUAGCUAGUUCGGGAUUAGGGUCAAAGUUCGUGUUGACAUCCGCAGACCUACGGCUAUCUAAUGGCUGAAAUAGACAUUGGGAAGCAUUGUCAGAUCGAUUCCUGCAAUCAGAAAGAUUUUCUUCCAUUUGUUUGUGAUCUUUGCAGUGGUAUUUUCUGCCUUGAGCACAGAAGCAGAGAGGCCCAUUCAUGUUCAGAGGAGCCAGUGAAAAGGGAAUCCCGGACCGUGGGUAGCAGUACAAGUUAUCCAUGCUCAUUUCAAGACUGCAAGAGAAAAGAAUUGUUGCCAGUAAUAUGUCCGCAGUGUGAAAAACAUUUCUGUUUGGCUCAUCGCCAUCAAGAUGAUCACAAGUGUGAGAAGUUGGAGGUCCAAAAGCCUCGAAUGGCAGCCACAAAAGAGCUGGUGCAAAAGAUUGUUGAGUCAAAGGACAAAUGUCGAAGUAAAGCACGCAGAGGAGCAAAGAACAGUGCAACUGCAGCUAAGGUAGCAUUAAUGAAACUGAAGCUGCAUGCUGCAGGAGACAAGGGGCUGCCACAGACAGAAAGAACAUAUUUUCAGGUGUAUCUUCCAAAAGGGUUCAAAGACUCCAGCCAACCCAUGUUCUUCUGUUCCAAAUGGAGUGUUGGAAAAGUGGUGGAUUACGCAGCCUCCCUCGCUAGUCUCAAGAACAACAACAAUGUACUGACAGCCAAGAAGCUGCGGUUAUGUCAUCCUCAAACAGGUGAGGCUUUCCAGAUGGACGACACCCUGCACUCACUGCUGGCUCACACAGAAACUCCCCUGUACAAUGGGGGGAAUGUGAUCCUGGAGUACCUGGACAAUAAGUGCACAAGCCUGGAGAAUGUUUCUGACUAUGUUACUCAAAUUUGACAAACCAGUGGCAGUUACUACAUGGAAGAUUUCCGUUUGUGAUUUAUUAUGUCAAUAAAAUGUUCUUUUGGCAUGUUG